AAGAUCAGGAUUAAGAUCAGACCACCAAAACAAACUCCCCCAAACAGGCUUGAGACGGUCUUUCCCUUCGAGGCUUAACACGUUUUUGAGUCACGUCGUUGAGCAAGUCUCCGGGGACCUGUGUGAGGGGCAAGGGACUCCGAUUGCCCAGUGGCUGACUUAUUAACACGUGUGGGAGAAAUAAGAGAAGGACAGGAACAGGCCGAGAAGAACAGGAAGCCGGAGAACAGGCAAAGAACGGGAAGCCAGAGAACAAGAGAAAAGGUAAAGAACAAAGAAGGGCAAUAACAGGCAGAGAAGAACAGAGAACAGGCAAAGAACGGGAAGCCAGAGAACAAGAGAAAAGGUAAAGAACAGAGAAGGGCAGUAACAAGCAGGGAAGAACAGAGAACAGGGAGAGGAGAACAGGAAUCGUCUCUUCAGGAACUUGUCUCCCAGAGCGGCCAGGUGUGCAAGGCCUAAUCACAGCCCGCGAGGAUCAGCCCAGCACCGCAUCAACAGGUUUCAUCUUUUCACUGUGGGCAGGAAGAUGCAAAUGACGCAGCUUACCAACAGACUCAGCAAGAUCGUCACCACCACCACCACUACCUCUGCUGUCUUCACCCCUACCACUUAGUGCCUCCCAAGUGUCUAAGGAACACCUUUGAGAACCACCACUUCCUCCUGCAGACUCUCCGGCCCUUCCUCUGAACCCUAGCCAGGAUGGAGCGGCAACUGAUGAAGGAGCGCAAUGCGUUCCUCAAAAAGGCUAUGGAAACCCCGCUGGAGGUCAAGAAGAGGCCUCAGGUUCCUCCUCCACCUGAACCUCCCAAGAAGAAGGUCCCCAAAACCCUCGCAUCGGACCCCAAUGCCUACAAGACAAUGACCGGGGGCAGCCAGUACAAAUUUGGGGUGUUGGCGAGAAUUGUGCGCCACAUGAAAACUCGCCACCAGGACGGAGACACACACCCACUCUCCAUUGACGAGAUUCUUGACGAGACCAACCAACUCAACGCUGGACCCAAAGUCAAACAUUGGCUGGUGACGGAGGCUCUGCCCAACAAUCCCAAGGUGCAGGAGGUGGAGGGCAAGUACCUGUUCAAGCCCCCGCUGCCUGUGAGGGACCGCAAGUCACUUCUCAAGCUUCUGCGGCAACAUGACAUGAAGGGCCAUGGUGGGGUGCUGCUUGAUGACAUCCAGGAGUCCUUGCCCCACUGUGACAAGGUUAUGAAGCAACUGGACAAGGAGAUCCUGCGUGUGGUGCGACAGACAGACAAGAAGCAAAUCAUCUUCUACCACGACAAGGGGAUUAACUUCCCCGUCGAGAAAGAGUUCCAGCAGCUGUGGCGCAACACCUCCGUCGAUGGCCUGCAGGACGAUAACAUUGAAGAAUACCUCAACAAACAGGGAAUCAAGUCGAUGCAGGACACUGGGCCGAAGGUGAAGCCCAUCCGCAAGAAGUCGAGGAAGGGGCGCACCAGGGCCACCAAGAUCUCCGACAACGAGCACAUGCAGCACGUCCUACAGACCUACGACGACAACUAACAGCGGCGUCUCGUCCCUGGUCGCGCGCUAUCUUUCAAUCUUCUGAAUUUCUAGCUUUACUGCUCCUGAUAUCCUAGAAUAAUUAUCUUAAUUUUACAUAUUUUUUUACGUAAUUCUAUUAAAAAUGUACAAGUCCUGCCAUCUAGAAUUUGAAUUGUUUUAUUCCCUGUAUGUCAGAGUCUGGCCAAGCCUCGGCCCGCCAGGCCACCGUGGCCCUGGGCUGGGGCGACUUGCUCCAGGGCCACACAAACCGUUCAGUGCGACGCAUCGUUUAGUUUACAAUUUUUCAUGACCAAGGAAAACGAGGUUUUCAAAUUUUGCUUUGAUUAACUUAGAGCAUAAGGAAAGCAUGACAAUAACUUGGAAAGGAUAAAAACUGUCCACCACUGAGUGCCGGGAAUCUAACCUUGUCCUUGGGAAGGAUGUUGUGUAUACACUGGGAAAUCAUUUAUAGCUAAAGAGUAAAAAUGUCUAACACUGAAAGGCUUUUCAUUAUCUUAUUCAUUUUAUUUACUAAAAUUAACAAAGGUUUAAUUGAAAUAAGAAUUUGCUCAAAAUUUGAGGCACACAAUAAGGAAAAUAAAGAUGCCUCAGGGAUGAAUUUUGUAAAACAAAUCAAAUAAUAAAUUUUGUAGAAAUCAAUAAAGACAACAUUAAUAAAAUCAAUCUCCA